AUGCAGAACGGGGUGAUGCUCAUAAAUGUACCAUUUAUGUGGAAUUAUUGUUUUGAAUGGCAGUUCAGCGCUUUAAUCUUUUUGGUGUGGUCCAUUGCCGUAGUGCGCCAAUUAUUUUUUAACCCAAAAUAUUUGCUUGACCGAAUCGUGCCAAACACAACAUUUCAUUACUUUGCGUACCGCUCGUUGUCGCAUGUGUGUACGAGUUGCGAUUAUUUCAGACUUUCUUAUCCACUAGCCGUGUACUUAGCUGCCUGUACUGGUCAACACAAUUUACUUGACAUUCCUGCUGAAGCAUAUUGCCGUAUCACGUUGUGCCGCAGCUACAAAUCGCAUUAAUGAAAAAGUGAGGAGAACCUGUCCAAAAAAGUGUUGCAGUUCGUACCACGUCCACCUGAUGGAACAGCUCGUCCGUAGAGACUGAGAUAUAAAAUUUUACUCUCCAUUUCAUGAACACUCCGCCAUUACCAACUGUGCAUCUCCUUAACCGCAUUUAACCGCGGUACUUCAACCAUCCG